AUGGAGGCGAAAUUUGCCGCUGCACUGAAACGGUGUGGGCGGUGCACGGCGUACCAAGAACUGUGCGAGUGCUUCGACGCAGCGGUGCGUCCCCUUCUGGAAGGCUGCCUGCGCACCACGCAGGUGAAGCCGGUACGCGACCACGUCAGUCCGGCAGAGUGCAGUCCGCAGGUGGCGCAACUGCGCGAGUCGCUGGAGAAGGCGGACAUCGGAGACGAUGUGUGGUUCUUCUUGUACCGCGCCGCCGCGUCAAUGUUAGAGCGUGCCGCGAAGAAGCGCGCGCGUGACGGCGACACGGUGCUUCCGGUGCUCGUUGUGAACGUCUUCGUGCUCUUUUACGGCCGUGUGCUGCCGGACCUCUCGCGCCUCCGCUUGCAGUGGGGGUUCCUGCGUCGCGAGAAGGCGCAGUACGAGGCGAGUGACGCGUACGUGCACGCCAACGCGGCGGAGCGGCGCAAGGCGCUGCUGACGUCCGUUCUUUCCGUCUUCUCCGAGCGCGCCCAUCGGCACUACUUCACCGCGCUGUGGAUGCCGUGUCUGCAACACGCCGCGGCGGCCGCACUGCACCUGCACCUGCUGCACCGUAUUGGCGACGUCAUUCUGCCGCACCUCACCAACCCGCUCGUCGUCGCCGACUACUUGAGCGGCUGCUUUGCCAGUGGCGGCCUCGUCGCGGUGCUUGCGCUGCACGGUAUCUUCCUUCUCAUGCUCGAUCACGGCCUGGAGUACCCGCAGUACUACCAACAGCUCUAUACGCUCCUUACAGCCGACGCCUUCGCCUCUCGCCACCGCUACGACCUCUUCCGCCUACUGGAUAUCUCCAUGAGUUCCGUGCGGGUGCCAUCGUACAUUGCGGCAGCGUUCGUGAAGAAAACGGCACGUGUAGCAAUGCUGUCUCCCGCCCCAGUGCUGUACUUUGUUCUGCCGUUCAUCCGCAAAGUUCUGCAGCGGCACCCCAACUGUCUGGCGCUCAUACACCGCUCCACAAAGGAGGCAGUCGUGCCAGACGACGAUGGCGAGAAAGGCGUAAAUCCAGCGGCGGCAGCAUCGGCAGCUGAGGACGCCAAAAAGGAGGCACUGCGGCUGACGGCGACACUCUUCGAUGGCAACGAUCCAUUUCUGCCAGAGGCGAGCCCCGAGCAGUGCCACGCGCUGCACAGCACACUGUGGGAGCUCACUGCGUUGGAGCGGCACUUCAUCCCGACAGUGCCGCUGAUGGUGUCGGCCUUUGCCAGCACUGCGGAAGAUCAGGCGCCGCUGCGGUAUGAGAAGACGUACGCGCGUCUAUUCACUGCAGAGGUAACACGGCCCAUGUCGAAAUCGCAGCUGCCAACAGUCGCGUACCGUGAGCCAGAGGAUGAGGGCAAUGACGCGCUGCUCUUCGUCUAG